GUUGGCCUUUCAGAGCGAAACACCGACUCACUGCUGUCAGUAUGGCAAGUCUGCUCUCUGUGUUGGCCCUGCUGGCCGUGCUGUCCGGUGGUUUGUGUCAGGAGAAGAAGUUUUUGCAGCGAGCCGGUACAGCCUUUAACAGCAGACAGUACAGGUCUGUCCUCACUGUGAACAACGGAGAGCAGUUUGGAAACUGGACCUGGCCUGAGAUGUGUCCGGAGAACUUCUUCGCUGUUGGCUUCAGCCUGAGGGUGGAGUCCAACCAGUAUGGCAGUGACGACACCGCCCUGAACGGGAUCCGCCUCAUCUGUGCUAAGGACGACAACAGGAGCUUCCUGUACUCGAUUGAGUCCCACACUGGCUACUUUGGUGACUGGUCCAGUCUUCAGUACUGCCCCACCGGCGUGCUCACCUCCUUCCAGCUCCGUGUUGAGUCUCAUCGUGGCCUUUUCGGCGACGACACCGCUGCCAACAACAUCAGGUUCCGCUGCAGCAGCAACCCCAUGCUGGAAGGGCCCGGCAUGCACUGGGGAGAGUAUGGACACUGGAGUGAGACGUGUCAAAACGGAGGAAUCUGUGGCAUCGAGACAAAGAUGGAGGAUUACCAGCUGGGGCUGGACGAUUCCACCCUCAAUGAUGUGCGCUUCUUCUGCUGUGACAAAAGUCAGCAGUGAUCAGCAGGUGAACCCAAAAAGACCUGAUCAGUUUGAAGGAGCCACUCUUCAUCACCCUGAAACCAAAGAUGACUAACAAUAAAAAGCUCAUUUAAGCGA